CCAGGCUUACGUUACCUCUGGCAGCAACUUGAUUACUAAAUUCCAAAGCCAAAGAAAAGAGAAGAGAGGCGCAGACACCGGCCUCACCCUGCUUCACUAUUUUAAAGAUUUUAGUUUUUCCUUGUCUUCUCACUCUUCCCAUUGUUAUUGGUUGCUUUCUACUUUCUCUGAAGUUUCUCUCUCAAGAAAGAACAAAACAAGGAAGCACCAAAACCAACAACUACAAGCAAGUACUACUACUACUAAUUAAUAACUAGAGCAGUGCUUGUCAAUUGACACAGCACAGCCAAGCCAACCCAAACCCAUCUCUGUUACUGCUUUCCUUGACCUGUAACUGCUAUCCCUUUUCUUUUCCUGUUUUCUUAGCUUAAAAUGGCAAGAGAGAGGAUUCAGAUAAAAAAGAUCGAUAACGCCACCGCUAGGCAAGUCACGUUUUCAAAACGAAGAAGAGGGCUUUUCAAGAAAGCUGAGGAGCUUUCAGUUCUCUGUGAUGCUGAUGUUGCUCUCAUCAUCUUCUCCUCCACUGGCAAGCUCUUUGAGUUCUCCAGCUCAAGCAUGAAGGAAAUACUGGAAAGGCAUAAUUUGCACUCGAAGAAUCUUGAGAAGCUGGAGCAACCAUCUCUUGAGUUGCAGCUGGUAGAAGACAGCACCUGCUCCAGGUUGAGUAAGGAAGUUGCGGAGAAAAGCCAUCAGCUGAGGCAAAUGAGAGGGGAAGAUCUGCGAGGAUUGGAUAUAGAUGAAUUGCUGCAGCUAGAGAAGUCUCUUGAGGCUGGAUUGAGCUGUGUGAUAGAGAAGAAGGGUGAGAAGAUUAUGAACGAGAUCACUGAUCUUCAAAGAAAGGGAAUGCAAUUGAUGGAAGAGAAUGAGAGACUCAAACAGCAAGUGGUGGAGAUAUCUAAUGGCCGAAAGCAUGUUACAGCUGAUUCAGAGAAUGUUGGUUACGAGGAAGGGCAGUCAUCAGAGUCCGUAACCAAUGUCUGCAACUCAAAUGGCCCUCUACAUGAUUAUGAAAGCUCUGAUACAUCCCUCAAGCUGGGGUUGCCAUUUUCAAACUGAAUGGGAGAUCGCAGGGAGAUUUGUGCACCAGCAAAUGCGGACACAAAUAAUUGCUUGUAUAUAUAAAUAGAACAGGAACAUAACUCAGGCACAUAGUACUUGUGUACCUUGGACAAGUGCCGGGAAACAUUUCUGUUUCCUUUACCGGAUGCUACUCAUGGAGUCUCUCUUGUUGUGUGCACGAGGGUUUGCAGCCCAUCUUUGUUGCAUAAGGAAGAAGAACAGGAAAAAACCAAAUGCGCUUAUUGUUUUUGCACCUGGUAGAUUUGCUGCACCAAGAGUGCAAAACCUCGAGAUCUUCGUGGUGAGGACUUUUUUAGAUUCUGAAAUAUGGGAGGGUCUGUGGAGAGUCUUGUUAGAGGGAAUUCCGAAUAUGAUUUAUGAGUCUAACAAGCUCCUAGCAGGCAUGUGUUUCUUAGAGACCAGCUAUACACAACGUUUUGUGAAAACAUUUCGGUUUGGCUAAAUAAUCCCAAAGUACUUUAAUCACUA